AUGGAUCACAUGUUCAGGAGGAACAAAAAAGCUUUUCGCAAAGGCGAACUUGAAACAGAUCAGCCACCACCUAGACUUAGUCCUUCUCAAGUGUGGAGACGAGUAAAACAUUUUCCAAAAGUUAGUGAAAGUGGUAUCAAUAGGAUAGAAGGCUUUGGAGAGUGGCAUAACUGGACAAAAAGAGGCAUUUUUUGGGAUCUUCCGUAUUGGAAGGAUAACUUACUUAGACAUAACCUGGAUGUCAUGCAUAUUGCAAAAAAUUUCUUUGACGACAUCUUUAACACGAUUAUGAAUGUCAGUGGCAAAAAAAGAGAUAAUGAAAAUGCAAGAAAAGAUUUAAGUUUAUAUUGUGCUAGAAGAGACUUGGAGUUGAAGGCUCAACAUAACGGAAGGUUGGUGAAGCCAAAAGCAAAUUUCACCAUAUCAAAAGAUGAGGCAAGAAUAAUUUGUCAAUGGACAAAGUUGCUUAAAAUGGCAGAUGGCUAUUCUUCAAACUUGGCCAUAUGUGCUAAUAUUGAUAAGUCUCUAAUUGCAUUCAUAUUUAACAGCUCAUUUCUUGUGGCAAUGCAAGUCCCAGAAGGAAGUAGUUCUGGUAUAAUACACCCGGAGUUUCCACAGUGGUUCAGAUAUCAACCAAGUCAGGAGAGGGUCCUUCGCGGCCUGAUAAGGGAAAGGCUACAAAAAAAGCCUAGAAAGCAAUUGCAGUAUGUUAUCAAGGUUCCUGACACCCCACCAUUGGCAUACGGUAGUACUCAAGCUAACGUUCGAUCAUCUCACCCACCACGCCCUACUCCGCAGCCCACACAUUCUACUAUACCAACCCCAUCCCGUACUCAACGGCGCACUUCCCCUACUAUACAACUCACUCCUUCUAUUGUACCAUCCACACCAAAUCCUAUUGUGGAUUCGACACCAAUAAUUGAUCCCUCUCCUUCUAUCCCCAGGACAUCAUCUUCUAUACCAUCUGCAAAUGUUCAGCAGCCAUCUGAUGAUCCUGAUGAUGUGAAUGAUCCUUUCCCAAAUAAUUGGCCUUCUAUUGAACCUUAUGAAAAAGGGCAGCAGAGCUGGGACAUGCUGUUUAUGUUGAUGAGGUGUUUACACAAACUCAUCUUCGGAAGGGAACAUGGACAUAUGUUGAUGAGUGGUUUCGCAAGACAAUUGAAAAUUUUUCUACUAGGCUCACAUAGGCCAGAGAGGAUAUGGGAUGUGCUCCUGAUGCUGCCUCAAGAACAAAUGCAAAUGAGGACAUCAUUAAGACCUAGUGCUGGGUUGAUGUAGUCAAGGGAAAAAAAAGGGAAGAAUUUAUGGGGCAGGACAACUUGCCUCCAAUUAUACUGCUGCAAGAGGAGUGGUAUUAAAACAUCAGCCAUCUUCAUCCAACACUACUAACCAACAUAACAUGGUCAGUAGAGAGGCUUAUGAUGAAAUAAGAACCAAAUUGGAGACUCUUGAAGAUAUGUUCAGGAAAUACAUUCCUCAGGCAGGAAUAUUGGACCCAUCAUCUUCCCACCAAGCACCUACACAACCCAUGCAGCCCACUAAUGUGCAAUCACCUAAUCAACAACAGCCUCCUGCCCAACAACAAGAAGAAGAUGAAGAAGAAACUGAUUAUGAUGAUUUUCAUGGCUAUUAGGAUUUGAUAAACUUAUAAAACUUAGUUGUUUAGUUUAAAAGCUUUAUUGAGUUUUGGUGUUUGUUUAUAUGGUAUUAAUAGUCCAUGAACUUUUUAAACUUAGUUGCUUAGUUUAAAAACAUUGGUAUUUUGACGUUUG